AUGGGCCUCGAAGUCAACGAAGACGGCGACUUCAUUCGCAAGCCCUCAACCUCGCCUGCUAAAAAGACCAACGCCACUCCAGUCUCGGCCCAUUUUGGUUCCCCUGAUCUUGCCGUGGAUCCUUGGACCAGCGUUCAGCCCCAGCCUGUUGGUGACUCCAGUGCUAUCAAGCAGAAUCACACGCGACGUCGCCACGCCCACCAAAAAGCAAAGCCAACUUUCUUCGACUCAGAGGAUGCUCGAAAGUUGAACGGCGACAAGGCCGUUGCACACCCCCCCACGACACUCAAACGAAAGCCAUCCACCAUCCGUUCACGACUUAGGAAGAAGCCUAAAGUUUCCUACUUCCCCUCGGAUGACACCAAUGCUCUAAAUGACGACGAGGAGGCUAUCUCGCCAAGUCCGCGUCACGAACAGCCCACGAACUCAGAUACCCACCAUGGCCAGUAUCGUGAUGCAGUGCUGGACUCGAGUCCCGUGAAGAGUCGUCACCAAGAAAGACGUGAGCAGUCUCCACCCUCCUCAAGCUGCAAGCUGCGCGACAUCGCUCGUUCUCCGAUUCUCCAAGAUGGCCAGGGCCUCGCGAACGACGAUGACCAAGACUCGCCAACGCCGAAAGCCAAGACUACAAUCUCCACUCGUCUUACAAAACGAAAAUUCGGAAAUUCUUCUCAUAUCCCCGAGCAUCCCAUGAAGAAUAGCAUCUUGCAGAUGUCAUCUACGAGUGCUUUCUUCAGACAGCUGGGGGAGCCAGCGGGCGCGGACGCGCGCCUCGAAGCUGAGGAGGAAGGUCCUGGCGAGCUUGUACAACUCUCGCAGCACAUCAAGCCGCGGUCUGUCGCCAAGUCAUCUUUUAGGAGAGAAAACAGCAAUAAUAUCGCGAAUGAGGGCAACAACAAGAAGAAGCGCACAUUGAGUUUUCUCUCUGUGGCCGCUUCCGUUGAUAUGGAGCCGGAUCGAUCUCCACGACAAGAGAAAAUCUAUCGCUCCAUGAGAGGUUACUCCUUGCUAGGUGAGGAAAAGAAGGACCAAAGGCAGACUAGUGCUCGACGAGACAAGUUGGCUGCAAGACACAAGAAGAAAGUUAAGAUCUCUGCUCUCGAGCUUCAAGAAGAUGGGAUCGACAAAGGCAGCACCAAUGAUCCAUUUGACAUCGCCAAUGUGGCUUCGUCAAGUGGUGCAUCUCCCACAGCGCCUGAGUCUAAGGCAAAGACUGCUUUGAGGAAGCAACUCUUGGAAAAGCAGCCCUCCGUCGAACACCCUGUUCAAGCUCCCCGGCGCAUAAAGGUUGCAACAAAGACCCACAAGCGAGCCAAACCAACACUUGUGCCUCUCCUAGAUUCCCAACCCACUCCUGACAGCAAAGAGAGCCAUGCGAAGAGCCCGUUUGAGUCCGACGACCCGAGUACGCGGACAGCGGCUGACAAGUCUACUGACACUGCACCAGUCCAGCCAAUUCAAGAACCCAUGAUUACGAUGGCAGACCAAAACGCGAUUGAGAUCUCUUCAGGUUCAAGCCAGUAUGGGUCAGAGGUUUUUGAUAUGUCGUACAAUGAUGCCGAGGAUGAAGACUACGUUGAGGAGCGACUGCAUCCCCAAACAACCAAGGCUGCCACAAAGCCACGUCAGGUCAAGAGCGCCGAGGCCAAGACUGAGAAUCAUGAGAACGAGGGAACGACGACUUCUAACAAGAACAGCCACAUGGACGCACCCGCAACGAAGGCCACCGAGGCCAUCUUCAGUCAUCCCUUCCUCAUCUCCGACCAAGAACACGAGUACCAAGUCAAGACUAAGGAAUGCGUUCCUACUUCUCAAUACGAUCGAACCGAGCACGUGGAAAGGGGCCAUCGGCACAGCGUGGCUAGAGAGCUAAGAGCCACGCCACCAAAGGACAAAUAUGCUAUCAGUACUGUCGAUGCAACACCGACCAAGAUCAAGCAGGUGAAGCCUGUUGGUGAACAUCCUGGCAGUGUCCAAGAUGAGGUUGUUAACAGCACGAAGCACAAUUUGAAAGUGCCAGUCGGGAUGGGAACAAGAAGACAAGCUGGGACUGCGAUGUCCGCCAAAAUUCACACCGUUCUUGACGAUGUUCAGGAUCCUCAUCAAGUAAUUGAGUUCAAAGCUGUGGAGAAGGAAGGACACAGCCCUACUCUAUUUGCCAUUGGGGGGUCGAAGGCCGACGCAGGCCCACGGUGUGAUGUGCCACUUAAUCAUCAGCCCGCAAAGGUUUUGUCAUUCGCCACGAGCCCAGAUCUGCAUGAUUUACCGUUGAAGUCCCCCCAGACGGAUAUCAUGCAACCAGCGCCAAUGUCAUCUGAGGCCAAAGGGCAUGGGCACCAUCCUGUCGUUGACGAUCCUGACGCAUCUUCAAUUCCUGACAGUCUUGAACAGGCUGACGACGCGGAAAACAUGGCCCUUCAUGAUCAGCCCUUGGAAUCUACCCCAAUCGCUGCUGUCUUGAAGCAGGCAUCAGGAAUUGGCCGUGCUGGUAUAAAAAGACCAUCAUUAGGAGGAAGGAAUGAGCCACAGGACCCCGAUACGCAACAUACAUACGACCGCGUAAGCGGUGACAAGGAAGAAUCGAAGCGGCCUCGAAUUGAUGGGGCACCAACGAGGGGCCUGCUAUCUCUGGCAAUGCCCCACGCCAGAAAUUCACGCUCCUUACCUACAGACGUCCAUGUUAUUGAUGAUGUUCCCGCUUCUCCCGACGUGCAUGAGCAUCCGAGUAUCGACUAUACCGUGGUGAAGCGCCUAAGAGGCCUGAAAGCAGGUCAACAUGCCGCUAUGAGGGAUGAUCUCACGUUUAUGAGCCAUGCUGCAGAGUCAGCAAUCGAGCCAGUCAAAUUGCAGCAGGCGCAUCCACACCCCGUUGGCGCUUCGAGGGGAUAUCUCGGACAGACUUCCGCGAAGCGAAUCCAGACGGUGCAUCCUAGCUAUUCAGGCAAACGCCACAAUGCGAACGAGCACCAGUCUGCCAACUUUGGUAGGUGGAACGAGAACCUUGCCGACCGCCGGCAACAAAUGAAGUUCAACCAGGGAGAGAAGUAUUCGGGCCAGUUAAGCGAUCGUUCUGAGACCCUUGAGGAUGUCAUGCAUCGUAUCGUCAAGGGUGUUCUGCGAGAGCUGAGGGCGAGAGAGGAUCCGAUACAGGAUGUGGUUGAAAACUACCGGGUAGAUGGCAGCAAGGUUGUGCGGAGCAUUUCCAAAACGCAUGAAGACGAGAGACGACGGCUCUUUCAACAGUUUGAAAAGAGUAGGCUGGACUAUAUCGACGCGUGCGAAAAGGUGCGGAACCAUGUCGUAUCCCUUGCGACUCACCUGCAAGCUGUCGAUCCUGGCAAGACCAUGGCGCAUCGUUUUUGA